AUGCUCACUUCCCCUGGUAAGAUUGUCUUCCACGAUCACAAGAACACAGCUCACGUGCCACCAGCCGCUUCUUCAAGCCCCGUCGUUCAACCUCCCCUCGGCGAUGCAACGCAACCCGUAUCCUACGGCAACUCUUCUCUGCCCACGAGCGACUCUUCGUCGGGAUUACCGAACAUCUCAAUUCCACCAAAGCCUUAUUCCACCGCGGCCGUAAGUCCGUCCUCGGACAACGCGAUAUCAAAUUCUUCAGGUUACGAGAACUCUCUAUACUUCACCAACUGGUUACUGGCUCUGUGUUCCCCUUUCACGUGGAGCUUCAAACUAAAAUUGACCAGGGGAAUAUAUGGCGCAAAUUAUCAACCACAAUCCCUCCCUGCCUCCAAGCUCACUCGUGUAUACUAUGCGUUCGCUUCAUUUGGCAGCGAUGGAAAAGUCGCUUCGUCGGACCCAUAUGCCGACCUGCAGAAGCAUUAUCCCACAGACUCGUGGAACGACGUGGGAAAUAAUGCAUAUGGCUGCGUGAAGCAGCUGUACCUACUUAAGAAGCAGAACCGCCAGCUUAAGGUCAUCCUAUCCAUCGGCGGCUGGAACGACUCGCCCAAAUUCCCGGCAGUGGCCUCCAGCGACACGGCCCGCCAGACCUUUGCACAGAGCGCCGUGAAGCUCGUCACAGACUGGGGCUUCGACGGGAUCGAUAUCGACUGGGAAUAUCCAGAGAACGCGGCACAGGCAUCUGACUUCGUCAAGCUGCUUGGAGAGCUCCGAAAACAGCUCGAUGCCUGGACGGCCGCCAACGCGCGGGGAUACCACUUCCUUCUCACCGUCGCCAGCUCUGCUGGGCCUGAGCACUAUAACGUCCUGGAUCUGAAGGCAGCAGAUCAAUUCCUCGACUCCUGGAAUUUAAUGGCGUACGACUACGCUGGAUCUUGGGACACGACCUCGGGGCACCAGGCAAACCUCUUCCCCAACCCAAGUAUCCCGGGUGCCACCAAGUACAGCACCGACAAGGCCGUCAAGGAUUAUCUUGCUAAAGGUGUCUCCGCCUCGAAAAUUCUCUUGGGCUUGCCGACGUACGGACGCGCCUUCGACAUGACAGCUGGCCUUGGUCAGCCUUUCCACGGGGUCGGCCCAGGAUCUGCGACGCUCCAGAGCCCAGGCCUCUGGCUGUACAAAGACCUGCCGCGCCCCGGUGCUACUGAGCUGUACGAUAAGACGGCCAACGCGAGUUACAGCUAUGAUCCCUCGUCUCAAGAGCUGAUAUCGUACGACAAUGUCGCGAGCGCUAGACAGAAGGGCGUGUACUUGAAACAAAAGGGGCUGGCGGGCUCUUUCUUCUGGGAGGCGAGUGGUGACAAACAGGGCACGGAGAGUCUGGUUGGAGCAUUGUCCCAGGAACUCGGAACACUGAAUAGUCGAUGGAACUUGUUGAACUAUCCGACAAGCCAGUAUGUCAACAUUCAGAACGGGAUGGCAGGAGCAUAA